AUGUAUUUAAAACACUCCACCGACUUACCUUCCGCCACGGGUGCAAUCCAAGGAGCCCCCGCGCCGUCAACCGCGCCUACGGUCGAGAAGGUGGUCCCGCUCCACCCCGGAGAGUUUCUCAUCAAACUCAAGGAAGACGCAGAGCUCGACGUCUGGAGGCACGUCAAGUGGGCCGAGGACAUCCACGGGAAGAGCUCCGCCGACAAGGGGAUCUACACCGGGCUCGAAGAAGUUCUGAAAUACUUGGGGCAGGAGGGGUACGUCGGCUCGUAUCACGAUGAUGUUCUGGAACAGAUCAGAAAGCACCCGGAUACCGAAUCUGUGGUUCCGUACCUGUACACGUGGAAUGUAACCGUGCCCGACGAAAAUGAGCUUGGUGAGACGAUUACCAAGGAUGUGCCAUUGUUCGGAAAUGGAAAGGUCGGCCAUGAAAAUGGGGACGAGAAAAAGAAGGAUACGGGAAAAGGAGAAGAGAAGAGUAAGGGAAAAGGAAAAAAGAAAGAAAAGCACAAAAAGCAGAAGGCAAAGAUUGAACAAGAGCGGAAGAAGAAGGAGGAAGAGGGGGAGCAGGAAGAAAAGAACAAGGACGAUGAUAUAGAGAAGGAGGAGAACAAGGCAGAAGAGAAGGAAGAGGAAGACGAACAAGGAGAUGAACAAGGAGAUGAGGAAGAAAAAGAAGAGAAAGAAGAAGAGAAAGAAGAAGAGAAAGAAGAAGAGAAAGAAGAAGAGAAAGAAGAAGAGAAAGAAGAAGAGAAAGAAGAAGAGAAAGAAGAAGAGAAAGAAGAAGAGAAAGAAGAAGAGAAAGAAGAAGAGAAAGAAGAAGAGAAAGAAGAAGAGAAAGAAGAAGAGAAAGAAGAAGAAGAAGAAGAAGAAGAGAAAGAAAAAGAGUAUGAGAAAAUGACUCCAGAGGAGAAGAAGAAGUUAGAAGAGGAGGUCAACAAAUACUUUAUGGGAGAAGAUGAAAAGGUGGAAGACGAAGAGUAUAAGAAAAUGACUGCAGAGGAGAGGCAGGCGAUAGAAGAGUUGGUCGACCAAUACUUUAUGUCGGAGGAUGAGAGGAAAGAGAGACAGAGGUGCCAUGAUAACGCAGAGGGAUUCAAAGACUUUUAUAUGUUGCUUGCUGCGUUUCCAAUUAUGACAUGCGUCAUCAUGUAG